GUCCUGCAGGGAUUUCUGUCUCGGUCCUACCAUCCUACCAGGGUUUCUGUCUUGGUCCUCCCGUCCUGCUGGGGUCGCUGUUCCCAGUCCUCCCUUCCUGCCGGGGUUUCUGUCUCGGUCCUCUCGUCUAGCCAGGCUCGCUGUCUCCCAGGGUCACUGUCUGUGUUCUCCCGUCCUGCCGGGAUCGCUGUUCCCAGUCCUCCCUUCCUCCCGGGGUCGCUAUCUGGGUCCUGUCGGGGUCGCUGUUGCGGGUUCUCUGUGUUUGAGUUGUGGCGGGACUGUGGUAGUGGGUGGUGAUUGGUGGCGAUGGCUAUGGUGGUAGGAGAGAUGGAGGGCUCCGGCUUACGGCUGGUUUCCUGGAACGUGAACGGGAUCCGGGCGCGGGGUAAGCGGCUGCAGUCUAUGCUGCAGCGACUCGGAGCCGAAAUCAUCUGUCUCCAGGAGACCCGAGUAACACGGGAGUUACUGGAUGAACCAACUGCCAUUGUUGACGGUUUCAACUCGUAUUUCAGCUACAGCCGACAUCGACGUGGAUACUCAGGUGUUGCUACCUUUUGUACAGACAAUGCUGUGCCAUUUGCUGCAGAAGAAGGUCUGUCAGGAAUCUUGGCCAAUCCUGCUUCAAAUGCCCUGGAAGGAUUUUCAGAUAAGGAAUUGAAAGAGUUGGAUAGUGAAGGCCGAGCCUUGAUCACAAAACAUCGAGUCAGAACAUGUGAAGAGAAGGAAAUAAUGUUGACAGUGAUUAAUGUGUACUGUCCCCGUGCGGAUCCUGAGAUGGAGGACCGUCACCAUUACAAGUUGCGUUUCUAUCAACUGUUGGAGGCGAGGGCACAGGCUUUGCUGCAGGACGGAGGGAAUGUGAUUGUCCUGGGAGAUCUGAACACUGCACACAGGCCCAUCGACCACUGUCAACCAGGCGAUCUGAAUCAAUUCAGUGAGUAUCCAGAUCGUGUGUGGAUGGACAAGUUCCUGUCCUGUGCCUCUGAUCAGUCGCAAUUAGAUGAAAUCAAUCAAAAUUCUGACAGCAAACCAGGACUGGGCAUGAGAGAGAAGAGCGGGUAUGGGCUUUUUGUGGAUACGUUCCGUUUCUUCCAUCCAACAGAGAAAGAAGCUUAUACCUGUUGGCGAACAAGUACAGGAGCUCGCAAAACAAACUAUGGGACAAGGAUUGAUUACAUCUUUGUGAACAAAUCCCUGGCAGAAACUGAAUUGGAGAACUGCAUCCUGAUGCCGGAGAUUGAAGGAUCAGAUCAUUGCCCAGUCAAAGUGUUUUUAAAGAGCCAUUGUGUCCCAGCCACUAAAUGUCCUCCACUUUGCACCAAAUACAUGCCAGAAUUCGCUGGUCAACAACAAAAACUUUCCAAAUUCCUGGUAAAUAUUCAGGAAAAUCAAAGCAGAUUGGAUUUCCAGAAUUAUGCAGAAACUAAUCAGAAUUCUAAGUUGAAUCCCCAGACAAAAAAAGCGAAGCUGGAUCAAAGACAAACGGGAAAAGGUUUAAUGAGAAAGAAAGGAAAAAAUGGUCGAAGCAAUUCUCAUCUCUCGAGAAAUUUACUGCAGUUUUUCAAACCAGCUGACACUAAUCCAGCUUCCAAGUUGAAAACAUGUGAUGAUGUGGGUCUCUUUAAUAAAACUGCUCUCACUGUCACUGGGCAACAGCAAGCCGAUAGCAAGGAAAUUAAACAGGACAUCCAGAUAGAGAAUACACAAAGUUCAUCACAAGCUGUUUUUUGGAAGUCAUUACUGAAAGGACAGCCUCCUCCCCCAAACUGUUCUGGGCAUCGCGAACCAUGUCUGCUACGUGUUGUCAGGAAACCUGGGCCUAAUCAAGGCAGGCAGUUCUAUAUCUGUCCACGCCCUGAAGGGUCUGUCUCAAACCCUGAAUCGAGAUGUAACUUUUUCCGCUGGGUGAACACAAGAAACUGAAUGCAAUAACAUGGAGGGCAGGCUGGUAGAGUCAAGCAGUGGGGAAGAAAUGGAGGCACUGAGAGAGAGUGGAGGAGGAAGGGAAGUACUGACACAGGUGAGGGAGAUAUUGGGGAUAAGAGUGACUGGGAAAGAGAGGGAAAGUGGCAGAAAGAGAAAUGAACCUGGGGAGGGAGGCGUAGCAAAAUGGGGACCGUAGGAAUAGUGGGUUGAGGAGAGCAUCCCUACGUUUGCAGUGGGCACACAGAGGGGGGGAUGAGGUUAGAAAGUGCUCCAAUGUUCAAACGUUCAGUGAAUUACCAUUUGCUGUCAGUCUAUAUUUGUUUUUCUUUUUAUAAAAAUAAUAAAUUUUAAUAAAAAAUAUGGAUUUGAGCAGCAGGAACCUAAGCAGUCUUACAUUUUGGAGAGAGAAACAGUUAAUCUUUUGGGACCCAAUAUGACUUCAUUUAAAUUCUGAAGAAGAGUCGCUGGACUGAGAGGUAACUUACUCUCCAUGGAUGCUGGAAGAUCUGUUGCAUUCCUCCACCAUUUUGUUUUUAUUUUAGAUCUCCAGCAUCCACAAUACUUUGCUUUUAUUUACGUGUUUGUUCUGACUGACAGGAGGUAUUCCUUAGUAAUCAAGCCCAAAUUCUCCAAUAGUCUCACCUUUAGUAUAAACGUUGAUGCAGUCAAUAAAAUGGCUAACUGAUCCUCUUUGUGCUACUAUUGAGAACAAAGUGACUUUCACCUAGUUAUUCGACCCCAAAUUAACCCAUUUAUUAUAAACAAAACUUAUUCUUAAAGGUGACAAAAUUGGUUAACAGUGAAAUAGUAUCCAGACUUAGAACUACAGAGGAACCUCUAUUAUCUGAAUGAGAUGGAAGGGCACAAUUCAGAUA